GGGAAGAAGGAGGAGAAGAAGAAGAAGAGAUCAAGAAAAACAAAACAUCCAGCAGAUUCCUCCGGUCUUUCGCUCCACUCCGCCCUGUUCGCGGCUGAAACGGCGUCGUCCUCCACCGACGGAGCACCGCGGACUCGGACCGCUUUGAAGAAGGAGCCGCUCUGAUUUUCUGCCGUUGAACUUUGCGGUCUAAAGAUUUGCUGAGGCAGCAGACGUGAGAUGAGCUGAGAGGAACCCGCUUCACUGAGACGGUCGCCAGGUGAUGAAAGUUGGGGAGCGAUGGAGGACGACAGCAGGCCUCUGCUGAGCAGCGAGCAGACCGGAGAGAGCUACUCGCACCGCGGCUCCACCGACUCGCUGGACGUCAAGGCUAAAAGGCCGUUCCACGUGGAGCCCAGGAACAUCCUGGGCGACGACCCCCAGGAGAGGGUCUCUGCUGAGGCGGCCAUCCUGAACAGCAGGGUCCACUACUACGGCCGGCUGACCGGCUCCUCCGACAGGCUGCUGAGUCCUCCAAACCAUGUGAUCCCCCGGCCAGAGGAGAUCUACAUCUACAGUCCUCUGGGGACGGCGUUCCAGGUGACGGGCAGCGACUACGCUUCUAAGAACCCCAGCAUCAUCACCAUAUUUGCGAUAUGGAACACCAUGAUGGGCACGUCCAUCCUGAGCAUCCCCUGGGGCAUAAAGCAGGCCGGCUUCACCCUGGGAGUCCUCAUCCUCAUCUUCACGGGCCUGCUGAUGCUCUACUGCUGCUACAUCGUUCUCAAGUCACCAAAGGCAAUCCCCUACGUGGACACGUCCGACUGGGAGUUCCCCGAUGUGUGUCGCUACUACUUUGGAAAGUUCGGCCAGUGGUCCAGCCUGGUGUUCUCCAUGGUGUCGCUGAUCGGAGCCAUGGUGGUCUACUGGGUCCUCAUGUCCAACUUCCUCUACAACACCGGACAGUUCAUCUACAACUACGUUCAUAACGUCAGCAUGUCCGACUCCGAGUUUGGAACCAACGGCUCAGACAGAGUGGUGUGUCCAUACCCCAACACCGACCCCGGAGGGAACGCCAGCCUGAGCCUGCUCCUCCUGAGCGGCGGCGGGAACGACACGGCCGACCGGCCCUUCGAGCACUACUGGAGUAAAACCAACACCAUCCCGCUCUACCUCAUCGUGCUGCUGCUGCCGCUGCUCUGCUUCCGCUCCGCCUCCUUCUUCGCCAGGUUCACCUUCCUGGGCACCGUGUCCGUCCUCUACCUGAUCGCGCUCGUCACCGUCAAAGCAGUCCGCCUGGGCUUCCACCUGGAGUUCCACUGGUUUGACUCCUCCACCUUCUACGUCCCAGAGUUCAGGCUGCUGUUCCCUCAGCUGACGGGCGUCCUCACUCUGGCCUUCUUCAUCCACAACUGCAUCAUCACGCUGAUGAAGAGCAACAAGCACCAGGAGAACAACGUGCGUGACCUCUCCGUGGCGUACCUCCUCGUCGGAGCCACCUACCUCUACGUAGGAGUUUUGAUCUUUGCAGCCUUUCCUUCACCUCCUCUGGCCAAAGACUGCAUCGAGCCGAACUUCCUGGAUAACUUCCCCACCACGGACGUGAUGGUGUUUGUGGCUCGGACCUGCCUGCUCUUCCAGAUGAUCACCGUCUACCCUCUGCUGGGGUACCUGGUUCGAGUCCAGAUGAUGGGCCAGGUCUUUGGAAACCACUAUCCCAGUUUCCUUCACGUUCUGUCUCUGAACGUCCUGAUUGUGGGAGCCGGCGUCCUGGUGGCCAGGUUCUACCCCAACAUCGGCUCCAUCAUACGGUUCUCCGGAGCCACCUGUGGCCUGGCCUUGGUCUUCGUGUUCCCGGCGCUGGUCCAGCUGAUCUCCCAGCGGCGGCAGGGCACGCUCCGCUGGCCGUCCGCCGUCUUCCACAGCCUCCUCAUCGGCCUGGGCGUGGCCAACCUGCUGGCUCAGUUCUUCAUGUGAAGAACCCGGGUUCGCUCCUGCAGCCGCUCACUUCCUGGUUCCAGGGCUGUGGUCGCCGUGGGGGAUCAGAGCUCCGGCCAAUCGCAGCCAGCGUUGAUCUUCUCCACGCCUUCCAGCCGUGGUCUCUCUGACACCCUCAGCCGACGCACUGGGAGCGUUUACCUGGACCGACCAAAGCGACGAGCUCUUCCCUUUAACCUCCACACUGCAGCGUUUCCGCCAUGGGGCGACGGAGUGGCUUCCUGGUUUCAGCUUGUUGUCAUGUUUUACUUCAGGUCGCAGUAAAUCCUGUUUUCUGGUGCUUUCAUUAUCAGAGAAACACACACACACACACACACACACACACACACACACACACACACACACACACACACACACACACACACACACACACACACACACACACACUACUCAGUCCUUGGUGCAAACAGAUAUUCCUCAGACUCUGGAGUGAAAUGUGACUGGUUUUCUCCUGUGCAGUGGAAAAGGGCAGAAUGCUUGUUUUUGCUGCCCCCUUGUGGCGGAGCGACGGGCUCUCCGUGUUCCAUGGGAUCGAUCCGGGCCCGGACGCUGUGGCUGGUGGAAGAGCUGCAGUCCGCAGCUUCUGUGUUUCCUCUGGCUUCAGCCUCUGCUGGUUUUUAUCAGCUGUUGAUUCACAUGUUUUCUUGAUUCCUCUGUUUUCGGCCCUUUGCCCAGAGGACUGAACGAUACUAAUGAUAGGAUAGAAAAAGGGAAGUGUUGUGUGAAAAUAAAGUAUCCGUAAAUAAAUACAAUAUGUUCUUGUUGACUUUUAAUCUGUUUGUUGCAAAAUAAGAAUAUAUUUGUUACUGACUUGAUUUUUGUUGGUCUUAUAAUUAAUAAAGUUGCACUCAGACCUGAAA